GCCCCGGCCUGCGGCGGACUCCCGUUGGGACCCGCGCCCCCGCCCGGCUGCGCCCAGUGUGCGGUUCCGGCGUGGCCGUGGAUGCCGGGGCUGGCGGGCAGAGCCGGUUCCGCCCAGCACAAGGGUCGGCCCGGAAUCCGGAAGCGCGGGGAAGGGAGACGGGUUCCAGGCUCGGAAGGCGCCGCCCCGGAGUGCUUCCUGGAGGACCGUCACCCGCAGCGCCCAGAGCCGAGACUGUCACCCGCAGCGCCCAGAGCCGAGACCGUCACCCGCAGCGCCCAGAUCCGGGACCGUCACCCGCAGCGCCGGCAGCUGUUCGGGCGGCCGCGUCGCCUGCCAGGAUGGCUGUGGGAAUCUUCGCAAAUUGUACCUUCUGUUUGAAAGUCAAGCACCUAUCCCGUGACCAGAAGAAAAAGCUACAAACUGACAUCAAGGAAAAUGGUGGCAAUUUUUCCCUUUCACUGAACUCUCAGUGCACACAUGUCAUCAUAGACUGCAUGGAUGUCCUCAGUCAGCACCUCCUAAAGUCCACCCUGAAGAACCACAUGCACAUUACGAGCCCUGAUUUUGUAUGGGAAUCUGUCAGAGAAAGGAGGCUUUUGGAUGUGAAGAAUUAUGAUCCUAACCAGCCACAAAAAGAAACACUACCUCCAGAAGAAGUGACCAUGAGUUCUGAAGAGAAAAUAGAUGAUCUACCCCCGGACAGUUCUACAGAAGAGGAAAACAUUGUAGACAUAACUCCGUUUCACUCAGAGAAUGUUGAAACUCCUCAUUUUCCUCCUGUUUUUGAAGUGGCAAAAUAUAACAUCUUGGAAAAAGAGGAAGAGGGGUGUCUCCAAAUUGCACUCCUAGAGCUGCGCUGUGCCAAGGAACCCACCGAGGCGAUGUUUGCCAUCUCCUCGGUCCUGCUGGGGCCUGGCCCCCAGGCUGAAAGGCAUUCCUCUGUGAAGAAAACUUCUGCAGAUGCAAGUCAGUGCUAUGAGAAUUGCGUUGAGAAGCUGAGGCAGCAAGGAUUCCUCUUACGGGAGCGUGUCACGCCAGAAGCCAUGCAGUUCGCAUCGGAGCAGCUGCAAGCAUUGCUUUUAGAGGAAGAGAUAAGUUCAAAUACUCUAAACCCGGAGGUCAGUGAUUUGGUGGAAAUGAUUUGGACAGAAGCUCUCGGACACCUGGAACAUGUGCUCCUCAGACCGGCCAACACCAUUAGUCUCAAUGAUGUAAACAAGGCAGAGGGAAUUCUCCUUCUAGCGAAAACAGCACUUAAAAAUGGAGAAACACAAGAACAACUUCAAAAAAUAAUGACAGAGUUCAAUAGAUUGAUACCCAAAAAAGAUGCAACUGCUAAAGAAGUUAACCUGAAAACAAUAGCUAAAGAUGAAGACCUCUGCCAGCUAAUACGAGACAUGGUUAAUGUCUGUGAAACGAAUUUGUCCAAACCCAACCCACCAUCUCUUGCCAAAUACCAUGCAUUGAGGUGCAAAAUUGAACAUGUUGAACAAAACACUGAAGAAUUUAUCAGUAUUAGAAAAGAGAUAUUACAGAAUAACCACAGUGUGGCUCCUGUGAACAUCCUGCAGAUGUUUCGAGUUGGCCGAGUGGAUGAAACCCUGGAGUUUCAGAGUCAGCUGGGCAACGUGAAGACCUUGCUGCAUGGCUCUGCCGUGCAGAGCUUCGUGGGAAUCCUGUCCCGUGGCUUACUUUUACCCAGAGUAGUUGAAGACCGUGGUGUGAAAAGAACGGACAUUGGAAAUCUUGGGAGUGGCAUAUAUUUCAGCAAUUCACUCAGUACAAGUAUUAAGUACUCAUGCCCAGGAGAGACAGAAGGCUCCAGACUCUUGGUCAUCUGUGACGUUGCCCUUGGAAAGUACAUGGACUUAGAGAAGAGAGAUUUCUCCUUAACGAAAGCGCCACCAGGUUACGACAGUGUCCAUGGUGUUGCAGGAGCAGCCACUGGCAGCACAGACUUUGAGGAUGAUGAAUUUGUAGUAUAUAAUACCAAUCAGAUUAAAAUGAAGUAUAUCAUUAAGUUCUGUAUACCUGGAGAUGAAAUAAAGGACUUUUGUCCUUGCAAUGAUACUGAAUUAGAGGAAUUCAGAACUGAGUCUCCAGAUUUUUCAGAAGUUAAAGAUUACCAGUUACCAGACACCAAACCUGACAGCAGCAUCAAGGCCGGCCUUCAGGAUAUCUCUGGGAAUUUGGUUCCUCUGGAGGAUGUUUGCAUCAAGGGGAAAAUAAUAGACUUUAUAGCUCAGAUUGUUGUUUUUCAGACAUACACUAAUCAAAGUCACGUACCCAUUGAAGCAAAGUACAUUUUUCCUUUGGAUGACAAGGCAGCUGUGUGCGGUUUUGAAGCCUUCAUCAAUGGGAAGCACAUAGUAGGAGAGAUUAAAGAGAAGGAAGAAGCCCACCAGGAGUACAGAGAAGCUGUAAGUCAAGGCCAUGGUGCAUACUUGAUGGACCAAGACUCAGCGGAUGUUUUCACUGUCAGCAUUGGGAACUUGCCUCCAAGAGGUAAGGUGCUUAUCAAAAUCACCUAUAUCACGGAGCUCAGCUUCCAGGGCACUGCGGCCCUCUUCUUCAUUCCCGCCUCUGUGGCACCCUGGCAACAGGACAAAGCUUUGAAUGAAAACAUUCAGAAUACAGUAGAGAAGAUUUGUGUAAAAGAAAUUGGAACAGAGCAAAGCUUCUCAUUGACUAUGUCCAUUGAGAUGCCGUAUGUGAUCGACUUCAUUUCUAGUGAUACACAUGAACUGAAACAAAAGAGAACAGACUGCAAAGCUGUCAUCAGCACCGUGGAAAGCAGCCGUUUAGACAGCAGUGGGUUUUGUCUUCGCAUUGGUCUGACUGAUGCCUAUCUCCCAAGAAUGUGGGUUGAAAAACAUCCAGAAAAAGAAAGUGAGGCCUGCAUGCUUGUUUUCCAACCAAACCUUGAUAUCGCUCUCCAUGGCCUGGCCAAGCAGAGUGAAGUGAUUAUUUGUCUUGAUUGCUCCAAUUCCAUGGAGAGUGCAGUGUUUUUAGAAGCCAAGCAAAUUGCUUUAUAUGCACUGUCCUUGAUGGGCAAGAAGCAAAAGAUCAACAUCAUCAAGUUUGGCACAGGUUACAAGGAGUUAUUUUCAUAUCCUACCUAUAUCAAAAACAACAAUAAAGCAGCUGAGUUCAUAAUGUCAGCUACACCAACCAUGGGAAAUACGGAUUUCUGGAAAGUGCUCCGUUACUUAAAUCUGCUGUACCCUAGUCGAGGAUUCCGGAACAUUCUCCUCAUCUCCGAUGGGCACCUGCAAAAUGAAGGGCUGACGCUGCGGCUGGUGAAGAGAGGUGUCGGGCACACGCGACUGUUCUCCUGCGGGGUCAGUUCUACAGCAAACCGUCAUACCUUAAGGAUUUUGUCUCAGUGUGGUGCCGGAGUGUUUGAAUAUUUUAACUCAAAAUCCAAACAUAGCUGGAAAAAACAGAUAGAAGCCCAGAUCACCAGGUUCCACUCCCCAAGUUGUCACUCUGUCUCCAUCAAAUGGCAGCAGCUCAGCACUGGUGCCCCAGAGCCACUGCAGGCUCCUGCCCAGGUGCAGUCCCUGUUCCACAAUGAGCGGCUCCUGGUCUACGGCUUCAUCCCCCACUGCACACAGGCAUGUCUGUGUGCAUUAAUCCAUGAGAAAGAAUUUUCUACUAUGGUAUCAACUACUGAACUGCAGAAAACAAAGGGAACGAUGAUCCACAAACUGACGGCACGGGCUCUGAUCCGAGAUUAUGAAGAUGGCAUUCUCCACCAGGAUGAGACCAGCCACCAGAUGAAGAAGCAAAAUUUAAAGUCUCUGAUUAUUAAACUCAGUAAAGAAAACACUCUCAUAACACAGUUCACAAGCUUUGUGGCGGUUGAGAAGAGGGGUAGUGAUGAAUCAUCUUCACCUAACAUUCCAAAUAUUAUGACCCUCAUUGCUGAAGAAGAUGUUGACUGUCUGCCAUAUAUGAGCUGGCAGCAAGAGCAGCCAGAGUCCAAUAUGCUACAUAUUGGGGACCUUGUUCCUGAGGACCUUCUAGAUUAUGAAGAUUUUCUCCUUCCGGAUCUGAACGGUGACAGCUCAAGUUACCGGUCAAGGGAAGUUGAAGAUCUUGAUAUGCUGUGCCAGGAGGAGCAAUCAGAGGCCAGAGUGAUAGAGGGAGUCAUUGCUAAACAGCCUCAUUCAAUGUCCCCUGAACAGGAUGAAGACUUGCAAUAUCAAAGUGUGACUAAAAGGAAAUAUCUUUCAUCGAAGUUGGAAGUUCCUGAAUAUUCCAACUUGAUUAAGUUAGGAUCUCAGCUGCCAGAUUCUGAACUUGGAGGUGUGGACAAGGCUUUGGAUUUAAGUCAGGUGGAUUCACUUAAAGCCCUGGGACUCAAACGAAGAGCCAAGGAAGCCAUGGCUAUGCCUUCUUCACUUUGUUUCCCAAAUCAGCUGAUGGACGCUGCUUGUGUUGCCUUCUGUCCUCCUGUACCUGCUGCUCAGGAGCUCCACCUCGAUUCUCCCAGCCCGCCCGCUGCUUUCCACCACUUCAGCUCUCCCACCCCCUCACAGCUGCAUCCUCCCCCUACUGCCCCACUCUUCAGCUCUCCCGCCCCCCUAAGGCAAGCCUGUCCCCCUGCUCCCCCACUCUUCAGCUCUCCCAUCUUCCAACAGCUGAAUUCUCCCCCUGUACCCCGACUCUUCAGCUCUCCCGCUCCUCUAAGGCGAGCCUGUGCCCCUGCUCCCCCACUCUUCAGCUCUCCCACCCCCCAACAGCUGGAUUCUCCCCCUGCCCUUCCACUCUUCAGCUCUCCCGCCCCCCCACAGCUGAAUGCUCCCUCCGCUCCCUCACUUGUCAGCCCUCCUGGCCUCCCAGAGCAUACAGGUUACCCUCCUCCCUGUCCCCCUGCUCCCCCACUCUUCAGCUCUCCCACCCCCCAACAGCUGUAUUCUCCCCCUGCCCCCCCACUCUUCAGCUCUCCUGUUCCCCUAAGACAAGUCUGUCCCCCUGCUCUCCCACUGUUCAGCUCUCCUGUCCCCCCACAGCUAGAUCCUCUCCCCAUCCCCCAACAGCCCCCUUAUAGCCCCUCACCAGUACCUUCUGUUACUGGUGCUCAGGCAUUUGGUGCUCCUUAUGGUGCCCUAGCUCCCAUUCCUCUUGCUGGCUCUGCAGGGCCAGCUUCUCAUUAUGGUCCCCUCAAAUCAGCUUCUACUGCUCCACACUUGCCAUCUGGUCCUUCCUUCGCUGAUGGCCCAGGGGCUGGUCCUCAUGGCACUUCCCCACCAUCGGUUCUUCCUGAUGGUGCCCCAUCUAGCCAUGUCCUAGGUACUGGCAGUUCCACAGACCUUCAUCACAGGCUGGAUUCUUCUUCUGGCCUGUUUGGAUCUGCUAUGGGUUCUGCUGUUAAUACCACUCUCAAACAUAUGCAUAAGCAGAAAGCACUGCCCAUGAGGCCUGCUCCUCCUGAAGUCCCCGCUGCUAGCGCCCUCCUUCCUUCUCUCAGCAAUGUCCUUGGGGAUAGCCCAGUUUUCUUUCCUUUUGGGAUAUCCUCUUCCAAAAAACCUCCUGGCCCUCCUACUUCAGAUUCACAGCAAAUGAGUGGGCAGACAGAUAGCAAGGCAGCGCCAGAUUCUCUCCAACAUGAUCUUCUAACUGCCACAAAUAAGAAAAGUCAUAUGGAAACAGAAAAUGAUGGAGCACAAAGUAGACAUCUUUUCAGAAAGAAGAGAAGGUCUUGGAAACCAAGUAGCUUUAUUACUCCCUUGCUGGCAGAUAAAGACCAGGAGGAUAUGUCCCACGCUUUCAAAAAAGUGAAGAAUUUCUUGCCUUGGACUGAACUCUUCAAUCUCCAAACUGAGGAUGGCUUCUGGAAACUAACACCAGAAUUAGGGGUUCUAUUAGGCCUUAAUACAAGUAUUUUAAGCAGCUUUCUGGACAAAAAAGGCAUUCGAUCUCUAGGUAUAAAAGGAAGAGAGUGUCUGUUGGACCUGAUCGCCACUUUUCUCGUGCUGCAGUUUCUUUGCCUCGCCAUGGAGCAGGAGGGAAUCAGAUCACUGAUGAAACUGAAUGACGCUUCUCUUUUCGGGCAUAUUCCUUGGGCAUUUAAGAAAAUCAAGAAAGCAAGUGAAUGGGUAAGAAAAACUGAAGGACAGUAUCCAUCUAUCUGCCAACGACUUGAGCUGGGUAAAGAUUGGGACUUAGCCACCAAACAACUACUGGAAUCCAACCCAUAAGCACCGCUUUGCCUCAUCACACUUCAGUCAAGUCUUAAUCAAAUGAAGCUGUAUUUUAUACUUUCAUCAUGUUUCAAUGUAUUAAAUAAUCAAACAUUGAUACCUAUCAUGAAAUUAUGAUUUGAUUUAAUUUAGCAAGUCACCCUAAAAUAAUAAUAGAGCUAUUUUAAUGCAUGAAUAAACAAUAAAUUUUAAGUGA